GGGAAUAAAUCCUGAAAACUACCCGUGUUUUCAUCGCUGUUCUUAGAAAUGUUGAGAACCACCUUAGGCCCCAUACAGUUUACUCAAAACGAAACUGAAUUCAAGCAAACAUUUCCAACCUUUUUGAGCCGAUUUAAGCAUAAUGAUAAACUACUUACGCCAUACGCGAGCUAUUUGGUUAGCACGAUUGGAUACACUGUUAUCGCUUAAUUUUGGAACUUUGCGCACCGACAUGCGGGCAUCUGUAAAAACCAAAAAAGCUGGCAAAGCUUUGCUGUUAACUUGGUGUUCGAACUAGCCAGCUCUGGAUCGCCUAUAUUAAAGAGUUCUAGCGGACAAAUCAUCGCAAAUCUUGACACAUCUCGAAAUCGAAGGUAACCUAAAGUUUAAGAAUGAGUUUCCAGUUGCUUUUAGUGGCAGGUGUCCUGGCCGUUGUCUCGGCGGGAUUCGCCCGCCGGUCGAGCGAGUGCAAUCUUCCGCUGCUUGUCCACGAGAACCUCGGUGACUUACCGCAGGAGUUCGACGCCCGGACCCACUGGCCACACUGCUCCAGCAUCGGCGCCAUCUUCGACACGGGCAGCUGCCGCUCUUCUUGGGCUUUUGCAGUGAUGUCGACCAUAACGGACAGGUAUUGCAUUCACAAGAACCAGUACCUGAACAUUUCAACGCAAGACCUGAUGACUUGUUGUCAAAGUUGCCAAAACACACAGGGACUUCCAUGCCAAGAUGGCCCGUACACAGCAGCCAAAGAGGCUUGGUGCUACUGGAACACUACCGGCAUAGUGACGGGCAGCGUGUACGACAGCAAGUCUGGCUGCCGACCCUACAACGUCACGCCCUGCGACCACUACGAGAGCGGUUCCCUGCCGAUCUGUGACGUCAGCUACCAUGGGCCUAAGCAGGUUUGCCUACAAGAAUGCGAGGCGGGGUACCCGACCAGUUUUGCCAAAGCUAAACACAUUGGAGGUAAGGUAUAUAAGGUUGGGUACACGACUGAUCAGAUCAAGGCAGAGAUCAUGAGCAAUGGACCCGUUCAGUCUGCAGUGGUCAUCGAUAAAGCCUUCACUAUGUACAAAUCAGGUGUGUACACCCCAUCGGAAGCAGUCAUCCAAGAGCUGUUUGUUAAGAUCAUAGGGUGGGGCCAGGACCCAAAGCAGGGCGAGUACUGGCUGUGCACCAACUCAUGGAACAGAGAGUGGGGCGAUCAAGGCACAUUCAAGAUACGUCUGGGCAAGACCGGUACUUACAUCAAUGACUUCGUGUACGCUGGGAUGCCAUGACGAGAUUCCACCGUGACCAGCUUGUUCCGGGAUGAAAUUACUUUUAUUCAGUACCUUUUUAAGUUCAAUUAGUACAUCUAGGCCUAAUUAUAAGAGGCAACGUAUUUAAUUUUGUUUUUACGGAAUCCUUGAAACGCCACUUUUUUGUCUCAUAUCAAUUCAAUUUCAUAGCGAUCAAUAUGUGUUUAUUCAAAUUUCUAUAAUUCAUUUACGAAAUGCUUAUUUUUGCUAUUAGUUCUUUCUCCACAGUUACCUCGGUUCAUUAAUUACAUAAAUAGGUCAAAAAGGUUUUAAUGAAGUUGUUUUAUUCAAGACAAUGCUGCUGUAAACCAUUUAUCUAAUGAUUAAAGAACAUUCGGAGCAUUCUC